CCUCUCCCUAGCCCUCUCUCUCCACGCCUCUCUCUCUGUGCCUUAUAGAUGUGUAUAAUCCCCGAGUUGACCCAGAAAACAAACUCCUCUGACUGCCGAGACGACGCAGAGUUAGAAUCCGCCGCAGGGCUGCAUGUAGCCGGAGCAUCAGCUGGAGGAACGACCCUGGCACUGAUCCAACUUCUCUGUUCGGAUUCCACAUUAAUACAUCGGAGUGAGAGAGCAGCCAUGGCUGAACACAUGAUGAUGCCCAUGACCCACAGCUUCAGGAUGGGCAUGAAUGGACCUCCACAGCACAACGGCCAGCCCGGCCUGCGCGCUCUGCCUAAUGGCCAGGUAAUGCACUAUGGCAGAAACCCUCAAAACAACAUGGAGGCUGCCAUGAGACAGAGGCAAAGCAUGGUGGGACCAGGAGGAAUGGGCGGCCCUGUGAACGGAGCUCCCAUGGCCAACCACCACCACCAAAUGAUAUCUGGGAACAUGAUGUACAAUGGCCAGGGCCCACAGCAGCAGCACCACCACCACAUGCACCCCCAACAGCAGCAGCAGCAGCAGCAGCAGCAAGGUGGACACCUGCAGCAGUACCUCCCUGGUAACCUCACCUCCCAGCAGCUCAUGGCCAGCAUGCAUCUGCAGAAACUCAACACUCAGUAUCAUGGACACCCACUCGGCUCAGCCAACGGACACCACCUGCCCAAUGGUGCCCAGUAUCGGGUGGGUCCAGCCCAGCUAUCAGGCAUGCAGCACAUUGGCGGCCCUCUGGGGUUAAAUGGCACAGACAUGGAUCUGAUUGACGAGGAGGUUCUGACUUCACUGGUGCUGGAGUUUGGAUUGGAUCGUGUUCAGGAGCUGCCCGAGCUCUUCCUGGGACAGAACGAGUUUGACUUCAUAUCAGACUUUGUGUGCAAACAGCAGCCAAGCACAGUGAGCUGCUGAGCGAAGCGGCUGAAAGCUGGGCUGUUAGUUUGGACUGAACACCCCAAAGAAUGACUGAAUGGCUACGGUAGCACGACAAGAGGAGACAAUCUCUCUGUUCUGUUUGAGUGUAUUUGUGUCUGUGUAUAUGACAGUGUCUAGCACACCUUCACACUGACCUGCCUGCGAGUUGAUGAAGAAUUGUGAUGAGAGAAAACACAGCAAGAGCGCCAGGUUUCUCUUCUUUGAGCUGGCGCCAGUACGAUCUGUUAUCUUUGGCCAAAUUACAGCAUCCUGAUGCAGCGGGUUCUGUCUGUACCCAUCUGGCCCUCAGCACAUGUGCCUGCAGUGCAGAGGCUUUGGGAUAAUUGGGAGCUUAAUAAACACAAUGGGGGUAGGCAACCUGGAAAGACUGUCCAACUGGGUCUGCUAGAUUCUGUGAUAAAAUGUAUUUUAUCUCUGAUGACACCUUCAACCAGUAGCAGAUGUUUUACAGAUUUUUAAAAUUUUGUCCUCUGAAUUUGAUUAUACAAGGAUGAAGGGGAUAAAGGGAUUUAGAGUCAAGAAUGAUUUUUUUUUUUGUAUGUGUGUGCAUAUUGAAGGCUGGCUCUUCCUACAAAAAAAAAAUCCUUGAAGAGCAGGAAAGCAAGGUUAUGCAGAAUUCCUUGGUGAUGUGAUGGGAUUUGUCUCAGAUUGAUCAGGUGGAUUGUGUUACAUUGAUCAUUUCAGCUUUCAGCGUCAUUUACCUGACUGAUAGAAUCUGCUAUCACUUAAUGUUUUGCAUCGCUUAGCUGUAACUGAUUCAUUGCUUAGAGUGUUGGCUUAAACAGAGCUUUUGUUUGUAGAGUAUGGCUCUCAAGUCUCAGUGCUCCAAGUCAGACAUUUUGAUGGUCAUUGCAAACAAAUCUUGGGUCACUGCUUAGUAGAAGUGGAGAAAUGUAUUCAUAUAUGAGAAUCAAUUUAACUGUGACUUGUACUCAAGAAAAUCAAGCAAAGAUGCAGCAAUCAGAAGCUGCUGGGCACAGAUCUGAGGUUUGAUUUUUCUUUUUUAAUCAGGAUAGUAAAAAGGAAAGAAGCUACAGUGAUUGCAGAAUUUAUGCCUGUGUGUUAUUUAUGUGUAUAUGUGUGAUGAGUGCAGUGAGACAUUUAAAACCCAUCGAAUGGCACCCUCUUCCACAAACCAUUUCCUGGUGCGCUGAGGUUUACUGGAGUCCCGUGCAGGGAAUGAGGGAAGAGAGAUUUUGGCGAGUGGACACAAUGUGUGGACACAGCACUCGCUGACAGUGCUUACUAUAAUCAUUUGAAGCUGCCGCUACCUGUGGGAUUGAUUUCAUUAGGCAGGAAAAGUGAGUGAGGAGCACGAAGUCUGCAAAGUUGUUGUUUUUGCCAUAGAUUAGCUUACACUGCUGCUUUUCUACUGAUUAAAUUGAAAUGACAUGUUCUUACACACUUGUCUUAAUUGAGGUCAGCCAGCACAUUCACCAAUUACUCAAUAAUUAUAUAAAAAAGACAUAUUCUGUGGCGCUUUUUCCUUUCUCUUUUUUUUCUGUGCAGCUGGUAAUUAGGGUCUUGUCAAGGCUGCUGCUUUGCCACUGUAGGCCGGCUGAGGGAAAACUUCCUGCACUCAUAAUGCUGUUUGUGGAGGUGGCAGAGAGGUCAGGGCUGAGAUGGUACACUGUGUUAAUCUGUUCCAGUCCAACUGUGCUGCUGCCCCUGUCUCUCUGGAGAUCUGCCAUCCCCUAGCUCGCAAGUCAAACAAUGGGCACUGAAGUACUGUUCUAAAGGCAGAGAAGUGCCAGUGAGUUUCUGCACUGUUUGACUUUCUGCCUGGCAAACUGCACCCAGAGAAACUCACAGCCUCACAGGUCACAUGGAGAUACUUCUGGCCUUAGCGAGACAGUGACCUCUGAUUACUACUAUGUCACUAAGCGCAGCCUUCUUGUGUAUUGUAUCUUUGUACUGUAGACUAGCAGUGAAGUUGAUCUAGACACGUUUAAGGUACUUUUGAAAAAAACAUUGUCAGAUGUAUAUGUAAAUCAGUGGCUGAUUUUGAUGUGUUGACAAGAGAUUAUAUCCUGUGCUUUUACAAAUGAGUGUGUAGAUACAGUAUACCAAUGUUUUUGGGUGCAGGGGCCUGAAGCUUUAAGACCAAGUAGACUGCAUUUUGAAGCAAGCGUGCAGGAUACCACUGCUUUCCUAUAAAGUGGCUGAGAAUGUACAGUACAACACUUUGUGGGAACUUGUCUUAAGAAAGAUAAACGUUUGAGACUGUACUCCUUGUUCUAAAUUACGCAUUCAUUUGGGUAAACCCCUUCUCCCUCCUCCUUCUUUUCCACUCCCCCAAAGCUUUUGUAAUGUUAUUGAUUCUAUUUUAA